AUGCUCGCCCCAUCCCUCGCCAGCGCGCGAGUGGUCGAUGUUCGAUCAUCGACGCGUCGCGCGCGCGCGUCGCGCGCGUCCGAAACGCGUGUCGUCGCCAACGUCGGACGAAUCAUCAACGUCAAGAGCUCUACAGGGUUAGGGCAGCUCUGCGCCGGAGCCGCGACGCGUCGCUCGACGAUCGUGUUCGCCGGCAACGACGUCCCGACGCCCGAGGACGAAAAGGCGCGAUUUGUGCCCGCCCACGAACGCAAGACGCUGUCGAAGAUCUUGCCGGAACAGCUCCUGGAAGGAGGGGUGUCGCUCGCGGACGCUCCGGCUGAGUGGGCGAACUCAUUCACGGGGUUCCUAGGGUUCGAAUUCAUGUCGGUGCGCACGCAAAAUUUCCCCGGUUUGCGCGUGCUGAACAUCGACCCACCGAUUUUCACCGUGGACGAUUUCCUGAGCAAGGAUGAGUGCGAUGCGCUGGUGGCGAGCGCGGAGGCGAGCGGAGGGCUGGCGGUGAGCGCCAUUGGCGGGGCGGAGAACGAAAACAUUCGAACGUCUCGGACGGUCGCUCUGAACUCGCACGGGUUGGAGAACCAUCCAAGUAAGAAGGCUAUUUUAAGUCGCGCUGAGUACUUGUUGCCGCAGGUAGAGGGGUUGAGCAAGACAGAGGACGCGUUUCGGGCGCCGCAGGCGGGUGAAUCCAAGUGGUCGUUUGAGCUCCCGCAGGUGGCGCAUUACUCCGGCGGGGAGUACUUCAAGGCGCACGAGGACAGUUUCCCCAUCAACAUUGCCGCCGAGAAGGGAUACCAACGCCGAGCGACUAUCUUGGUGUACCUGAACGACGUUGAGAAGGGGGGCGCGACGCGUUUCGAGCACCUCGACGUCGAAGUGCAACCAAAGAGAGGGAAGGCGCUCGUCUUCUUCCCAUCCUCCGCGGCGUGCAUGAACGACGCUCGUACGUUACACACAGCGACGUCCGCAGAGGAUGGGCACGAGAAGUGGGUGAGCCAGCUCUGGAUCGCGUCCAGCACCCCGCCGGUGCCGACGCCCGAGGAGCUCGAGGAGCACAACAAGCAAAAAGCAGCCGCGGCAGAGUACGCCAAGCUCCCGCGAGCGCAGCGGCGGCAGAUGGAGAAGGAUGCGAAAAAGAAAGAAAAAGCCAACAACCGCAAGCGAUGA